AUGCAAACCGGGCGGGCGUCUCUGCGGCUCGAUUGGCCUCUCGCUCCACGAUUGGCCUCUCAAUCCUCAAAGCUUCAUCCCGCCGGACAUCCACUCAUCCCGCCGGGCAACUCCUCAUCCCGCCGGGCAACACCUCAUCCCGCCGGGCACCCACUCAUCCCACCGGGCACCCACUCAUCACCCCGAAGUACGAGAUGCUUCUACAAGCCGGCGUACGAAAUCGCUUCGCCCGCUCCUCCCCUCCCAGCGCUUCGCCCGCUCCUCCCCUCCCAGCGCUUCGCCCGCUCCUCCUUCGCCUGCAUGACACAUAGCGCACUUCCCGACCCAACGCGUACGCUUCAGGAUGCCGCGUCUCCGCCACGGUCCAGGAUGCCGCGUCUCCGCUACGGUUCAAGCUCCCGCGUCUCCGCUACGGUCCAGGAUGCCGCGUCUCCGCUACGGUCCAGGAUGCCGCGCAUCCGCUACGGUCUAGGAUGCCGCGCCUCCGCCACGGUUCAGGAUGCCGCGUCUCCGCCACGGUCCAGGCUGCCGCGUCUCCGCUCAAUCAAACGCCGCUCAACCACACUCCGCUCAACCACACUCCGCUCAACCAAUCGCUGCUCAAUCAGACACCGCUCACACAAACGGCUUCUUUGGUCGUGCGACAAAACUCUGAGCGCUGUGCGACAAAACUCUGAGGGCCGUGCGACAAAACUCUGA